AUGGAGCCGGAGCGGCUGCGGCGCCGCCUGGGCUGCGCGUUCCGGGCGCGGGGGCUGAUGCUGCGGGCGGAAGCUGUAAAAUAUCUCACUGAAACUCUUCAGUCCCUCAAUGAAGAAGAGUUUGAAGACGUAAUUGACAGAAUCAUCGAUGCUGUUGAAAAACAGCCUUUGUCAACUAAUAUGAUUGAACUGUCCACAGUGGAAGCAGCUGUCCAAGAAUGUAGCCAAGCAUCAGAUGAAACAAUGUACGGUGACAUUAUUUCUUUUUAUUUGAUGUUUAUGGGAGUUGUAUGCAUGCCUUUAUUUCUGAUUGGGAAAUAUCUCGAGGUGGGUGGAUGUUACACUCACAUGUGCUUUGUUUUUCCAGGUUAUUCCUCUGCUCCUCCAACCUGCUUUUUCUUUUGUGGAAAUUUCUCAUCUGCGCCAUAUGGAAAAAACCAAAUUCAGUCUCUGAAAGGUUCCUUGAAGGCUCUUGCAGAUAUAAUAUGUGAAUAUCCCAGCAUUCAUAAAAGCAGUCGAUUUGUGUUUGUUCCUGGCCCUGAAGAUCCUGGUCCUGGCUCUGUUUUACCACGACCUCCUCUGGCUGAAAACAUCACUCAGGAAUUCAGGCAGCUGGUGCCAUUUUCAGUUUUCACCACAAAUCCUUGCAGGAUUCAAUAUUGCACACAAGAAAUCAUCAUCUUCCGUGAAGAUUUGGUAAACAAAAUGUGCAGAAACUGCGUCCGCUUCCCUAGCAGCAGCAUGGACAUUCCCAAUCAUUUUGUAAAGACCAUAUUAUCACAAGGACACCUGACACCACUUCCACUGUAUGUUAGCCCUGUGUACUGGGCCUACGACUACGCCCUGAGGGUUUAUCCUGUGCCAGAUAUGCUCGUCGUUGCGGAUAAAUACGACCCCUUCACUGUCACCAACACUGACUGUCUCUGCAUAAAUCCUGGUUCUUUUCCAAGGAGUGGCUUUUCUUUCAAGGUAUUCUACCCCUCCAACAAGACUGUUGAAGACAGCAAGCUUCAGGGUCUCUGACUUUCUACAAGGCUACAAAAAGAGACUGAGCCUUUGUGAGGCCAACUGCAGCACUCGUUUAGAUGGAGUGAUUUUAUGAUGUUUUGCAGGCUGUUCAUAAUAAAUGUCAAAGCCAUGCUUAUUUUGUACGACAAUAAACUUUUACACAAAAA